CCGGGCCGAACUGUGGAUGUGUUGGAGCUUAAAUUUCGCUCGAGCAAGGAUUGUUUUAUUGCGUUACCCCGCGGCUGGAAGCAACAGAACUCGGAAGGUUCAUCUUGUAAAAUUUCGAGGAUUUAAACCGAUGGAAAUGAUUCCAAUUUGUAUUGGUUCUACUUGAAAUAGUAUUGUUAUUGAAGAAGUUUGCCUAUCAUAUAUGGUGAGUGUAGUUAUCUUGGUUUCUGUAUUGCCUAUUAUAUCUUGAAAAAACACUCCUAUAAAAUAUCCGUAUGUUCAGCUAUUUUUCGUGCGUUAAAAAAAUAAGUACCUAAAAAACGAAUAGAGCAAAAGGGCGUUGGAAAGUUAUUGUGUUAUAUCAGAAAAGCGAGCGUAAAAAUUCCUCAGUGUAAUCGUUCAAUUACCCACUUUGUUUUCAUUUUGGGUGCACUUCCACGUAUUUUUGAGCAGUAAAAAAAAUUCAGGAAAUACGGGAAAAAGUUGUAAGCGACCGACAUACGUAGUGACCUUUUCUGUCACUUGCCUCGCGUCGGGAGUAAAGGCUUUCUUCAGUUGGAAUGGAGACGAAACUGACGACGAUGCUAUACUUGUCAACUCACAUAUGGCCUCUGGGCUAGGUUUUAAAGAAGGUGAUGAAGUUGUUGUGUGCCGGGAGCAUGGCGUGGGACCCUGUCAUCAAGUUACGCUUAAACCGGUUAGCAAAAAAGACUGGCAAAUAUUGGAAUUAAACAUUGCCCGGGUGGAGCACUGUUUACUAGAUCAAAUACGGAUUUUAUGGACUGAUCUGGUAUUCCCAAUAUGGGUUCAACCGAGCGUCUGUGCAAUGGUUCGGGUUGUCGCAACGAGCUUAACAACCGGCCCUCUCGAACUAAGCAGAAUGACAGAGGUGCAUGUUAUACCUGAAAUUGAAACCCCACUGACGCUACCGGCCUCAGCAAGCGCAACGACGUCAUCUAAAUCUGUCAUUGGAUCUUUGAUGAACAUAAUGAAAAAUGUGUCCGGAAUGGGGGCAUCAGAGGAGGAGGAAAUUCAAGAAGAGGCGAUUGUGGCCAGCGAUGAAUUCAGCGAUUUUUUCCUAAAUAAGAUUUCUGCCAGAUUUAUUGGAAAUGCCGUGAAAACUCCUCAGACAGAGGUGAUCUUGAUUUCGAAUAAGGUGAAAACUCCUCGAUUUGUAGCCAUGGUAAGGCGUUUGUUACCGCCUGGUGAUGCUGAACAAAAGAAAAACAAAGGUCCCGAUUCAAAUCCUAUAAUUGACUCCGAAGCAAAUGGUGCCAAUCUACUGCAAGAUUCGGUGCUAUGCAGUAUUCGUGUGCGGCUUAACCCCUUGAACAGUGAUGACAUGGCUCUAUGUCCCCUUUCUCUUAGAAGGCGAUUAGGCCUUGAAGACUGUUCGAGACUACUGAUAGAGUUUCAGAAGGAAAAGCUCGGUCAGAUCAAGUCAUUUACGCUGCAUCCAGUUAUUAACGCGCGAAACGCUCUUGUGGAAACCUCAGAACUCCAGUCUCUCGUUAAAUCAACCCUGGGUGCAGGUAAGACCUUAUUGUCAAAUGGGUCUUACCUUCAACUAGGCGACUGUGGAUAUAUAGUUGCCAUUGAAAAACCGGGAUGGCUUAAAGCCGAAUCAUCAUCCUUCGUGAUAACCCGAGGUGAAACAAUAGCUCCAAACGGCGCUAAUCAGUUACCUGUGACUAAGCUAGUGAAUAUCAUUAUGUCGGGUACCGGCAGUGCACUCGAAGAGGUUGGUAGCUGCGGUUCUAUCGUCGAAGAUCUGACAGUUUACCUCCAGCGAUGUCUAGGCUCACGCGGAGUCUGUAACAGACCUCUACUGAUUACGGGAUCCCGAGGAGUGGGUAAAUCUUAUGUGACUACGUCAGUUGUGCGUAACUUUUGUCGGCGUGAAGCCGUCUGGACGAAAACAGUGUCGUGUGGGGUACUUAGAGGUAAACGUACGGAGACGCUUGAGAAGGACUGGUCAAAGCUCUUAGCCGAAGCUUCAUUCCGCGCUCCGUCCGUCCUGAUCUUUGACGAUUUGGAUGCUCUAUGCGGUCAAGCUGUUGGCCCUGAGGGCGACACAAGUCAUGAUGGGAUUUAUUUCUUGAAGAACAGCCGGCUUUUUCGGGACCUUGUUCACCGAGCCCGACAGAUGAAGAUUUCCUUUAUCGUUACGGCCAUUUCCUGGAACCUGCUUUGUGGAGCUCUUACGAGAACACAAGGCCUCCAUAUUUUCUCUGAUGUACUAGAAAUGCGGUCUCCGUCUCGAGAGGAACGCUUAGAUAUAUUCAAGGUGCUGUGUCGUCAACGGGGCCUGACUCUGGGCGACCUUUCUGGAUUUACUCAGCGGACAGAAGGCUUUGUCGCGCGUGACUUGGCCACUCUUGCCGAUAGAGUUAUGCUUAGUAACGCAUGUGAAGUUCUGCGCUUCUCAGGUGGCAACGAGAUGGUGAGCAUGGGAACCCUAGAACCGGUGCUAGCGCGAGUCACCCCGGUAGCGCUGAGGGGUUUGAAUGUGGAACGGGGAUCUGCCUUAAGCAGCCGUGGCCAUGGGGCGAGUGAGUGGGACGCAGUCGGCGCAAUGGAUGAGCAAAAGGAACUGCUGAACGAGACGUUUCUUUGGCCGACCAGAUACCCUGACUUGCUGGCACAAUGUCCCAUUCGGCCGGUAUCUGGUUUGCUUCUUUAUGGAAUGCCUGGUACAGGGAAGACAUUGUUGGCGUCCUGCGUUGCCAAAGAGGCGGACAUUAAUUUCAUUUCUGUGAAGGGACCGGAGCUGCUCUCGAAAUACAUCGGAGCCAGCGAGGAGGCUGUGCGCGACAUUUUCUUAAGGGCCAAAAGUGCAGCUCCGUGUGUAAUAUUCUUCGACGAAUUCGACUCGAUGGCGCCACGGCGAGGUCAUGAUUCUACCGGUGUCACAGAUCGAUGCGUAAAUCAAUUGCUCACACUACUCGACGGCGUGGAGACUGACGCAUCCGGUGUGGCUGUUUUGGCAGCAACAAGCCGGCCGGACAUGAUUGAUCCGGCAUUGCUUCGACCGGGGCGUAUUGAUCGCUCAGUUGAGUGUCCGUUGCCGCCCGAUGUUCCAGCCCGUUUGUCUAUUCUUCGAGUACUGUCUUCAAGAUUGUCAGUUUUGCUUUUACCUGAGGCUGAAGACGCCCUAGAAAGCAUUGCACAAAGGACUGACGGCUUCACCGGGGCAGAUCUACAGGCGGUGCUAUUCAAUGCUCAGCUCGCGGCGUUGCAAAGAAACACGAGGUUUGGCAGUAAUCCCGUUAAUUCGAUAACAUUGGAGCCAGAUAGUAAUGUUGAUGAGGAAUGCAGUGCAACGAAGGUAUCUGAUGAGGCGUCAUCUAACAAACCAAACGCGCCGUCGAAAGAGCGGCAAGACUUUAAGAAUAUUGCGUAUGCCCCCACGCUGAGUAAAGGAUUCAUUGAGUUAACGCCGAAUGUGAUCGACAGUUUGCCGGAACCAGACCGCAAAGAACUUCUGUGGCAUCUUUCCUCUCAGCAAUAUGAAAGUGGAGAUUCUUAUAAACGGUCAAGUCGAUGCAGCAGGCUGAAGACCGAUACAAUAAGAAUAUCUCCCCAGGAUCUCGAAAAAGCUCUUCGAGACACUCGGCCCUCCCUAAGUGAAUUCGAGGUCAAGAAAUAUCGUGCAAUGUACGUUCAACUUUCUGCUACGCUCGUGCUAUGCCCAGUUUCGUGGAGAGAAACAUCCCGUACCACCGAAGCAGCAAAUUAUUCAGGAGCUCAGGGCAACAUUGGCGUAACUAUAAUUAUUAUUAUUAAUCCGUCGGCAAGAACACUUGAUCCUCGGGGUGAGAUCUGUGAGUCGAGUCAAUUACUUAAGAUUUUUCGGAUGCUGUAAAUCUGAUCGCAGCU